GAAUGGGAUGUUAUUAUUGAAAAAUUUUGUAAAGAUGCUUGGAUUGGAGUAUGUGCAACAGAAAAUUUUAAUUACGAAACCUGGCCAGGAAAUCAACCUACCGGAUGGAUAUUGGGUACAAAUGGUUAUUCUUAUAAUUCUGGUAAGAGGACAUUAUAUUGUCCAUCGUUUCAAAAUGAUAACGUAAAAGUAACAGUUCAUUUAAAUAUGAAUGAAAGAACUUGCGCUUUUUCAGUCAAUGGUACAAAAUAUCCAGUAGUAUCAAAUUGGAAU